AUGAUUAUUGCAAGGCUGAUUCUGGGAGGAUUUGCUAGGUGCGAUUUUGACCUAUCUUCAUUCAUUGAAAAAGACAGCAAGUACUGGCCAAGGGUGCUCGACUACAGUGACCAGGGCCUCACCGAGUUUCCCGAGGAGAUAUUUGAGGUGUCGUCGACCUCGUACUUGGUGGAGGUCAAUAUCCAGAAAAACAAGAUAUGCUCUGUACCUCCUGAGAUAGGAAAGCUGGAGAACCUGCUAAGGCUCUACAUGAAUGACAACCAGAUCUCGUCUUUGCCUCCGGAGAUCGGAAAUGUAAAAAAGCUCCGGAUGCUUGAUGUAAGCAACAACAGCAUCAGGUGGCUGCCUGUGGAGAUUGAGCACCUGCAGUACCUGAAGAGGCUUGAUGUGAGUAACAACAGCCUCCAGAGGCUGCCUGCGAAGAUGAGUGGGCUGUUGUAUCUCGGGGAGGUGUAUGCAGACGGAAACGAGCUGUGCACGAUACCGGAUACAUUUGCAGGGUUCCGCUCCCUUGAGAAGCUGAGCCUCCGGAACAAUCUUUUUGAGGAGAUACCGGAGGUGAUAGGGAGGAUGAGGUGCCUCGAAAGGCUCGACCUUCGGAACAACAAGAUACGCAGGGUAAGGCGGAAGGUUGCAGACAUCCUGUUUGACAACAGGAGGCUGGAGCUGAUUGACCUUCGGGGGAACGACCUUGUGAAGGAGAGUGAUGCCGAGUGGAUGGGGUGGGAGGAGCUCGGGAGGAUGUUCGGAAACGACGUGCUCCUGUCACAGCUAGCAAGACCUGGAAUUGAUGACGUGGAAUGA